AUGUACUUCCUGCGGCAGCUCAGGAAAGUCAAGCUGCCUGCACAGAUGUUGGUGCAGUUCUACACGGCCAUCAUCAAGUCCAUCCUCACCUCCUCCAUCACCGUGUGGUUCGCUGGAGCCACAGUCAGGGACAAGCAGAGACUACAGUGCAUCGUGCGCUCUGCAGAGAAGGUUAUCGACCGCAGCCUCCCAUCACUGCAGGACCUGUGCUACCUGGUAGAUGGGAUCUCUAAAGGCGCAUGGCUGAACCGCUCCAGCAUCAUAUUCGCGGGGAACGAUAAAUGGUCUGUGGAUCCACGGGUGUCCAUCGUGUCAAGUCCGGGCGAUAAACACGAGUACAGCCUGCAGAUACAGAAGGUGGAUGUAAGCGAUGAUGGACAGUACACAUGCUCCGUCCAGAGUGAACGCAGUCCACGGCCAAAGCUCCUCAACCUCAUAGUAAAAGGUCUGUGUCACUGA